AUGACGAAAUAAUACAUUUGUAGUAUAAUAAAGCCUUUCUUUUAUCACCUCACCUCGUGUGUGUCACUCUGCUCCUCUACUUUGUCUCGCCGGAAACCACCACUUUCUCCGGCGAAACACCACCCUCUCCCCACCCUCAACAACCCCUCUUACCCUCUCUCUCAAUCUCUCUUCCAUCUCUUAAUCUCUCCCAUAUCUCUCUCUCUCUCAAUCAAUGGCAUCAUCAUCACUCCUCACAAUCACACACCCACUCUACAAACCAAUCCUCUCCAAAUCCCCAACCUCUUUCCAACCGAAAUUAAACCCCCCCAAUUCACUCUCUCUCAAAAAGAUCUCACCUUUGUUCAGAAAGAGCUCAAAUGGAGGCUUAUCUGUAUUGGCAUGCUCAACAUCCUCACCAUUCAUUGGCAAAGUUGGGUUGUUUAGAAGAGAAGGCAAUUUUACAUUGCUAUCCUUUGGUACAAACCCUAGCUACUUAUCUGAUUUGGGUGACAAGGAAGCUGCAAAUGAUGAUGGUUCUUCACAAAUAUUAUCUGCUUUGCUUCCUUUUGUUGUGGCUCUCACUGCUGUGGCUGCUCUUGCUCAGCCCUCAACUUUCACUUGGGUCUCGCGAGAAAUGUAUGCCCCUGCUCUAGGAGGGAUCAUGUUAUCGAUUGGAAUCAAACUAUCUAUUGAAGAUUUUAUGCUCGCUCUUAAAAGGCCUUUACCAUUAUCCAUUGGGUUUGUUGCUCAGUAUGUGCUAAAGCCAGCUCUAGGGGUGUUUCUCGCAAACAUUUUCGGGAUGUCUCCAAUGUUCUAUGCUGGUUAUGUCCUUAUGUCUUGUGUUGCAGGGGCUCAGCUAUCAAGCUACGCCAGCUUCUUAAGCAAAGGGGAUGUUGCUUUGAGCAUUCUCUUGACCAGCUCUAGCACCAUCGCCUCCGUCCUUGUUACUCCUCUUCUCACUGGCCUUCUUAUUGGUUCUGUUGUGCCAGUCGAUGCAAUCGCAAUGUCAAAGUCAAUUUUGCAGGUGGUUCUUGUUCCUAUUACUCUUGGUCUAGUUCUCAACACCUAUGCAAAGCCAGUCGUUUCUGUUAUUGAACCAGUAAUGCCAAUCGUUGCAAUGAUCUGUACUUCACUUUGUAUCGGAAGCCCCCUUGCAAUCAACCAGGGAACAAUUCUUUCUGCAGAGGGCCUCAGGUUGGUUGGACCUGUAUUGUCGUUCCAUGCUAUAGCCUUCACUGUGGGCUACUGGAUCUCUAAAGUUCCUCUUUUAAGGCAAGAAGAAGAAGUUUGCAGGACAAUCUCUCUGUGCACUGGCAUGCAAAGUUCAACACUUGCUGGUCUUCUUGCAACGCAGUUUCUGGGGAGCAGUCAAGCUGUUCCUCCAGCAUGUUCAGUAGUGGCCAUGGCUAUCAUGGGACUUUGUCUAGCCUCCUUUUGGGGAAGUGGCCUUAGGAUCAGAGACUUACCGUCUCUACUCAUCCAGCAAACAGGUUCAGCUGCCAAAGCAUAAGGAAGCAGCAUUUUUGUAACAGUGUAGAGCGACGAUUCGGUCAGGAGACUACAAAAAGGAGGUGAACCGUGGGAUUUCAGACAGUAUGAUAUGAUAGUAUACCAAUGGAACAAGAGGCCAUUGUCCAAACAGGUUUUAACAGUAGUUUUGCUAGAAAGAAAUGUAAAGAGGUUUGGUAUCCAAAGGGGAAGGGAAUGGUUACAUUAGCAAUAUACUAGCUAGUUUUUUUUAUUAUCAGUUACACCAAAAAGCCAAACUUCUUGUAUAGUCUUGGGUUUUACUUUUACAUGCUAAUUUAUAGAACUCUCUUGAACCAA